AUGGGUUGGCUGAUAAAAGAGAAGAGGGGUCCAGCAUGGAAACACGGGUGGACUGAGAACACCCUCACGUCUGUCUCUCCACCUCCUCUGCCUGUCAUCACCAUCUUCUUCAUAGUCGUGCUCUUGCUCUACCUCUCCUUCUCCAUCAACUACAACAAGCAGAUGCAGAGGACCGUGGUGGGCAUGAAGCUGUUCCUCUUCCUGCUCCCCGUGCUACUGAUAUUCGCGGCCCAGUUUGUCUCCGUCAACGGCGGGGUUUCGAUGCCGUACCAGCGUCCAAGGCCGGGGAUCGACUCAGUCCAACGAGAUGGCAGGUCGUCCUCCUGGGGUGUGGCAAUCCUGGUGCUGCUGAUGCUCGUUCUGCUGUCUUUCCAGUCGAGUUUUCAUUCCAAGUGGUCUCCUUGGGGGUCUUCCUAUGCAAGCUAG